AUGGCUGAACCGAAGGAUUCUACAAAAUUGCUUCAAAAAAUCCUGGAAUCCAUCGAAUCCCUGAAACAAGACCAAGUUACCUUGGCCACUAAGGUUGCUGAAUAUCAAGAGCAAAAUGAGGAAGAGUUAAAGAAAUUGCAGCAGCGUUUAAUUCCAACCACGAGUGUCGCUACUAUUACAACACUUGUCGACCCCAAUAAUCAAGGUAAAGUUAGUACAACUUUUACUUCCGAAGCUAAUACCCACAAACAAUCAGAGCCUACUUCUCCAACCGAUAUUCAACAUAAAUCACAUUAUGCUGAUCGCGUAAUAUUGACAACAUAUCCCGGACAAUUUGGAAUAAAGCCAAUUCCUCUUAAUUGGGCUGAACUGGAUCCUAAUCGUCGUGGACCAGUCCUCGCAUCACGUCAUCCAACCAGCAUAAAAGUGCGUAAUGCGAUUGGAGCAUAUGGUGGCUCUUAUUGCGUAUAUCGUGCAUUGGCUGUUGCGAUGGGUGCUCUUGAUCCAAAUCAUCGACCUGAUUUUAAAAACACAGAACCUACUGUCACAAUAGGACCACAUCCUCAAUGGGGCGAUCCUUCUAAAAUUAUCUCUUUCGAUCCUUUUGGUCAUCUUACCACUUCUCUUUUCUCUAAACACCUAGAGGAAGGAUUGGAUAUUCGUCCAACUAUCGCCAUCACUAAAGCUCAUAUGCAAUUAGCAGAAAUUGAAAAAUCUGUCGGGGAAGGUCGAUUAAAGGUUGAUGGAAAAAUUGUGUUGAAUAAUAAAGGAGAAUUAAAUGUUCUCAAAGCAGCUGUUGAGCCUGUAUGGUAUUUACCCGGAGUUGCCUCUCGAUUCGGAAUUGAUGAAGGAGUACUUCGUCGUGCUUUGUUCGAAGAUACUGGUGGCAUGUAUCCUGAAUUAAUCACGCGCCCAGAUCUCAAAGUAUUUUUACCGCCUAUCGGAGGAUUCACUGUUUAUAUCUUUGGAAACCAUGAAUUCAUUUCUGAUCCAAAUAAAAGACUUACCGUACGCGUGCAUGAUGAAUGUAAUGGUUCUGAUGUGUUCGGCUCAGAUAUUUGCACUUGUCGACCUUACUUAAUAUUUGGUAUGGAAGAAUGUGUUAAAGAGGCUCAAAAUGGUGGUGCAGGCGUUGUCGUUUAUUUCAGAAAAGAGGGCCGUGCUCUUGGUGAAGUGACAAAAUACUUGGUAUAUAAUGCACGCAAGCGUUCUUCCGGAGGCGAUACGGCAGACAACUAUUUCUUGCGUACAGAAAAUGUGGCUGGGGUUAAAGAUGUGCGAUUCCAAGCAUUGAUGCCAGAUGUUUUACAUUGGCUCGGUAUCACCAAGAUUGACAGGAUGAUGUCAAUGUCAAACAUGAAACACGAUGCCAUUGUAAAAUCUGGUAUUCCUAUUCUCGAGCGUGUACCCAUUCCCGAUGAACUCAUUCCGCCUGAUUCGCGCGUCGAGAUUGAUGCCAAAAUUGCGGAUGGCUAUUUUAGCACUGGAAAAGUUCCCACCAAAGAGGAAUUGUCGCAAGUUCGCGGAAGAGGAUGGGAUGAUAUUCAACACUAG